UACACAGUACAUUUGCUUUUAUGGAAAAAAAUCUUUAAUUCUUUCUGUAAGUCGUCUUAUUAUUAUUAUAAAUACACAAAUAUACACUCCUUACAGUACAUUCAUAAUGAUACCAAAGAUACUACUAUAUUGAAUCAAGUAUCUAUUUGCAUCGGUCUGAUCAAGACGAAAGAAGAUGUUUAUUAUAACAGUUUUGAGGAAAUUAUGCUUUAUUUUCAUUUAACUCCCAUUAAUUCUCAGUCACUUGUUAAACACUAUGACAGUUAAAAAUAAAACUCAAAAUUCCUAAUUUCCAACGAAAACUUUCUGGACUGCCUAAACUUGUCACGAACGGGGCACGAGGGCGGACCCAAAAGCACGACUCCAGAAACACGCAAACGGCGUAGAGGAAACCUUUAUUCAGUCCAAGGACCCCGAUGACGACUGGUCCGCGCCAGAUCGUUGAGGUUCAUGUCCCGUUCGAGUACUCCCGUAUCCCUGAUCGACAACCCGUGUGUACCGACCUUCGCCUGUUCUCCGAACAACCCCGUAAGCCUGACUCCUUUGACACAUCUGCCUGCUUUGAUUGUUCUCCUGUGUACCGACUCCUGCCUGUCCGCUCAUCUGUUCUCUUCGCCCGACGUCCCAACUACCGCUGCUGCACCUGACUGCCUGCCCGAUCCGCGACCAUUGAAUAAUAAACGUUUCUCCCUGAACUACCUUGCAGCUUCCGUGUCCUCCUACAUUUGGGUCCUACUCCCGUUCCGAUGGGUCUUGAACAGAACGAUUUGGCCACAACAGGACCCAGCAGGAAAGACCCGGCGUUGCCGGGACCGACGCAAGAUAGACCGUCUGCCGGAGGACCAAGCCUGUCCAAUUCGGGUAGGCUCCUUGAUGUCCUCCGCUUCCGUGUCUUACGCUCUACCACCGAGCUACGAAUACGUCCCGACCACGACACGUCCAGCUCCGCAUAUUCUUCUAGAGUCCAACUUUUCGGAAUAUGAGGAGGACCGUGAUUUGUAUGACCAGCUGCCUGAGUACGACUCCGAUGAUUUUGAUUAUGAAUCUCUUUGCCCGGUCUUUCAUCCCAGUCAGUUUGUUUCACCUCCCUGCGUUUCCAGCACCCGAGCGUCUUCGCGCGGUAGGUCGAAGUACACCAAUCCGUGUGAGGUAACCCGUUUGGCCAUCUACCCGGGACCUCCGCGUAGCGGCCAGAGGAGACGUCCAGGUCGGGCGCUCCCUUGUGCCUCCCGCGGCGCGCCAACAAAGCCUAACCCUAACCCUCGCCAAUUGCACGGUGAAGUGGGAAUGGUUCCGCCACCUCGCCAACCGCAUGUAGCUGUGGAAACGGAUCCGCCUCUUCGCGAUUCCCACGUUGAGGUUUUGGCUGUUCCGAGCAGAGCUUACGCUGCAGUUGGAACUGACCCGCUCCCGAGACACGCCCACGUGUCAGUUUCGACGGACUCGUUACGGACUCCUGCUCACGCGGCAGUCGGAACUGACCCGCUCCCGAGACACGCCCACGUGUCAGUUUCGACUGACUCUCUGCUGACUCUCGUUCACGUCGCCCUGGAAACGGACCCGCCACCGCGCCACGCCCACAUUGCUGUUUCAACGAAUGCACGGCAAGCUCACGUGGCAGUGGGGACCGACCCGAUGCCGCCUCACGUUGCUGUCCAGGAGGUGGCGACGUCUCCGCAUCCGCUUCUCGCCCGUGCCCUGGAGUACCAGUGGCGACCGGCCCGCGGUCGCUCCCAGUUCCUGCUUCUUCAGCGACCGGUCCGCGGUCGCCCCCUGUUCCUGCUCUGUCGGUGACGGGCACGGCCAUACGUUCCCGUCCAGGAGGUGGC